AUGGCCUCCGUUCUUUCAAGACACGCCCCUCCAGGCAACCUGCCAGAGCUUUCCGAGGCAAACAAAGACAAAUGGUCAAAAGACUUCAUCUCUCAUUGGAUGCAAGGCGAAAUAGAUGCCAAUCCAGACGUCGUCAGCAAAGACCGCACCAAGUUGACUCAAUUCUUCGACGCGACCAAAACAGCCUCUGAUCAGAGAAAGCCCAAAGCCGUCACAUGGAAUGCAUUUCCCAAUCUGCUCGUAGAUUCAUAUCCGGGAGUGGAACUUCAGAAUCAGAUUGCAGACAGUUCCCGCGUCGUCCAAGACGAGUAUCUCGAAUGGUCUGUCAGCCGAGGUGAACGAAAGUACAGUGGGGAUAUCCAUAGUGUGAGCUUUACGUGUGAAGGGCCUGAGUACUGGCAGUUCCUGGCCAGCGCCCAGAAACCCGACUUCAUCAAACUCAUGAGAAGCCUCAACUCGGGAUUCGACAAGGAGAUGGACAACCGUGACUUUUUCCUCAAAGACCACGUCUCCGGCAACGAAGUCUAUAACCCUGCCAAUCCAUGGAAUUUGCUCAGCACGACCGGCACGAUCGCUCAUCUGAUCCAGCCCAACAACACUCUAUCCGCCGAGAUUGACAUUGCUGCCCAGGCCACCGUGAUCCGCAAGGAUGAUAAGGGCCGGACUAUCGAAGACAAGGAUGACCUCAUCAAGUGCUCCAAGUAUGGCAACAGGGGCAGAAACUCGGAUCCCAGAGUAAGCAACCUGGUUGGUCGAUUCUUUCAGGGGACUGACAUUAUUCAGAUUGGAGCAGGCAUCAACUUUUUCGCCCGGAAAGGCGCAAGUCUGACGGUGGCUGACCCGGUUGCGAUCUACAUCCACGACUUUGACAAAUCCAAUUUCAAAUUUGAUAUCAACAGCACGACUGACGGCCAGGCCCUCAAUCUCCAGGAUAUCGAGGAACCCGACAGAGUCUUCCAGUGGCAGCGUGGCGACAUCACCAAGAACCAAGGGCUUAGAAUCAAGAUCGAGGUGCCAAAAGAUCUCAAGCAGAAGAACAAGGACGGUGAGCCGCUUCUUGUCAGCAACAUCUAUGACACCUUGAAUAAGAAGCAUAUCCGGUAUGGAGCUCAGUUUGCCCGUUACUUCACAAUGAGCGUCAGUGCAGUCGCCAUUCCUGGUAAGACUGCCGAGGCACAGCCCUGCUAUAGAACUUCUGCGGCAGCUGGUGAAAAGGCACCUUGUGCGGAGUUUGACGGCUUCCCGCAUCCUGGUAUUAGUGGUACUCCUGGCUCGUCUCGUGCGUAG